UUUUCACUAGAACAAAUCGAUUGCAUUUGCUCUGCGUUGAUUCAAAAGCAAGAUUAUUCCACGUUGGAUCAAUUUUUACAAAGUCAUUAUUCAUCAUCCAAUGUUUGGAAAAACGUCAGUGAAGAGGUUUUAAAAGCAAAGGCUACACUGGCAUAUCACCAGCAACAUUUUAGAAAAUUAUUUGAAAUUCUCACUUGUAAAACUUUCCACCAUUCUAGUCAUAAUUAUUUACAACACUUAUGGUACCAAGCACAUUAUGCCGAAGCCCAGAGAAUUCGUGGGCGACCAUUAGGGGCAGUAGAUAAAUAUCGAUUAAGAAAAAAGUAUCCUUUGCCAAAAACAAUUUGGGAUGGCGAAGAAACAGUGUAUUGUUUUAAAGAAAAGUCGAGACAUACUUUGAAGGUAAGUUUUAAAAAUAACAGGUAUCCAAGUCUCGAAGAAAAAAAAUUUUUAACGAAAAAGACCGGAUUAACGCUAACACAGGUGAGCAAUUGGUUCAAAAAUCGUAGACAGAGAAACAAA